GGGAUUGAAAAAAUAAAGAUUAUAUAAUUAAUUUGAACAAAAUAAAGGAAGCUCCAUAAACUUUAAAAAGAAAUUGUUACUUAGCCUUGCGUUCGCGUCUCCCUACGACGUCGUUACCUAGUCUCUAUAAAAGGGGUUUGGUUACCUAGCAGGAUUUUACUUGCAGAAAGAUGAACCCUGAUGAUUUCUAUUUUUCUCCGAUGAUGGUUGAGAAUUGAGAAACUAUAUGCGUAUUUGCAGAAUCUUUGAACAGACCCGUUGAAUCCAGCAAAAACAGAGAUACAUAUCAGAAGUCUUGAAGUUGUAGAGAAUCAACAUGCUUUCAGAAAAUAGAUAUGAUUCUUCCAAAAUGAGUUUCAAAAGUAACGCAUUGAAUGUUGAAUGUGCUUCUUCUGAUGUUCUAAUCAAGCAUAGAAAGAGGAUAAUUGGAGCUACUAGGGAUUUUCCUAUAGGUUGUGGUCCCUCUAAAAGAUUUUGCACUGAAGCGUUAAAAAACUCGGUUCACUUUGAGAUGCCAGGCAUAUUAGAUGAUUUAAAGUCUAAAGAGAAUGUAACUGUUUCAUUUGAUAAGAGGGAAGACCUUGGAUUGGUAGCGGAAGUUGAAUUGCUACACAAAGUUUUGCAAGAUUCUUUGGAUACUGUAGGAUUGGUGAACCCCUUAGAAAUUUCAGUUUCUGAAGCUACUAAAUUGCCAACUAAAUUUGCCCCUUGGAGAAGGAUUUCAGCUAUUCGAUGCUUCCCUCAGGGUUGUGGAAGAAAGACUCAACAAGUCGAUAAAGAAGUUGCCCCAGAAUGUGUAUCUUUAGAAACCAAAGGAUUAGGUCCCCAUACACCUGAUGUGGACAUAUUAAGAAAGAAGGAAGAGACAAUUGGAAAGGAUAAGCAUCAAAAGAAUGUUGCAAAUCCUAGUAAAACUAAUGUAUUUCAAUCAUACUCUGAAUGCUUCGAGACUAACAAGGGGAAACCGCAUGAUAUGGACAAAUGCCUUGAUGGAAAAUUAUCAGGACGUAGCAACAGUCAUCCAUCACAGGAAAAAGCCUCUGACCAUAUGGAGGUUCCUGGACACCGGGUGGUAGUUCUGGCAUUGAUGGCUGCACCAAAUUGUCCAAGGAGAAAUCGGAAAAGGGGUUCGAGAUUGAGACCAACAAAUGAUGUGGCUAAAACCAAGGCUAAGAAGCAUUAAUUUUGUUGGAGUUGUUGAGAUUUUUGUAGAAGAAAAUUUUCUGAUGUGAUUGGGUUAGUUUAAUAGGAAUGGACUUUCUUAAUUUUAGCUAAAAAUGGAUUGUUUGUUUGUGUUGUACUAGGUGGAGUUGAUAGCUUUAUAAGGCUUUUUCCUUGCCCGUAAAAAGGAGUGUUUACUAUUGUAAAAAUUAGGAAGUGCUAGAAAUUUGAGUGUUGAGAGCUGGAAAAACGAUGAAGAAAAAGAAGAAAAAAUUGUCUUGUGCUCUAUUUUUUAUUAAUGAAAUCUAAAGUUAUUUUCUCUCCA